ACUGAUUGUUCAGUUUUAAUCGAAUAUAGCUCCUCAAUCAUGCUCGGUAGUCGGAUAGCGAUCUUACUUUGUGUGGCCUUUGGCUGGGUGCUGAUGGUUUCUGGGUACGCGUUCGAUGGAAGCGAUUCACGAAUUAUUGGAGGAGCGAACGUGACCGGUAAUAGCAGUUUAUAUUUAGUGUCUAUUCGAUUGGCUGGAAAAGAUUUUCACUGCAAUGGAGCGCUGAUCUCGUCUCGAGAAGUUCUAACGGCCGCCCAAUGUGUGUACAAUGGGAACACCCUUCGAAAUAUCAGCGAGUUUCAAUUGGUACUUGGAACAUUGACGAAUUCCAAUAGCACAAACGGGACCACCGUUCGUUCGGUUUGGAACGUUUGGCCGCACACCGGUUACAACUCCACAACCCGUGCCAAUGAUUUGGCUAUUCUUCGCUUGAAUCAGGCAGUGUCUGUAAAAACGAUAAACGUGGGAGAUGCCAGCCCGGCUGUGAAUCGUACUUGCACGUUAUUUGGAUGGGGGGCAAAUUCUACCAACGGUAAACCCGUCGGUACACUUCAGAGCAUUAAUUUGCAGGUGCAAUUGAAUUCAUCGAAUCACUGUGUGAAAGCUGCUGGGAAUACACCUUUAAAAGAUGGAAUGCUUUGUGCGGGAGAUCUUCAAGCAGGUCGUGGAGCCUGCACCGGGGACUUGGGAGCUCCAUUGGUUUGUGGUGAUCGACUGUCCGGAAUUCUGUCCUUGACCGGUGGAUGUGGAGGUGCGAAUGAAACAUCAAUUUUCAUCGACACCGCACAAUAUACAAAUUGGAUUACGAAUAUGACAAAACAGCCUGUGAAACCGCCAAAUACCGAUAAUGGACCUGGUACCGGCGCUCACAAUGUGGUGCAAGUUUCACUGCUAUUGUUAUCUGUCGUGUGUACACUAGUAAUGACGAAAAAAUAAGAGUGCAAAUUUAGGGCAGCAGACUGAUGGCAUACAUUUUCGACAAGUAUCAAGUAGAGCAUUUUGGAGCCUAGGAGGUUAUUUCAAUACUUUUAGGUGAAACUCCUGCAAAUGGUAACCCUAAUCAGACGACAUGUUUCACUUGAGUGGGAAGUGGAUGGUUGUUAUCAGAUAAAAUAGAUAACAAAAUGAUACAUUCUGACAAUUAAGAAUCAGUCUACCAAUUCAGUUGAUGGGUUUCGCGUGAUCUUUGAAGAUAUAAAGAAAACUGGCAAAACUUUGGAAAUGUUUUACGGUUAGUGUGGUAUCAACCAGAAAAUUUUAUAUGUCGUAUACUGAAAAAGUGUUAACCACGACCAAAUGUUAAUAUACAUGAUUGUUUCCUUACUUCUGCCGAUACGUUCACUCAGCUCAAUUUUCCCUGAAUCUCGUCGUCCACGAAUCAUCGGCGGAAGUAACGCCAUACUAAGCGAGUUUCCCUACAUGGUAUCCAUUCGAUUGGCGUCGCAGGAAACCAUCGCGUUCGGAGAGGGAUUCUACUGUAGUGGAGUUUUGGUGUCUUCGAAAGAUGUUCUCACCAGUGCCAUCUGCGUACAGAAUGGCAGUGGGCAACGGUUACCAGAGGAAAUCAAACUCGUGUUGGGAAUUACAUCGAGGACUAAUAGCACUGGCAUGAUUGAGGCGAGCGCCAAUAUAAUAUGGACUACAGCAAGCCUAGCAAUUAUGAGACUAACAACAGAUGUAACCGAACUUAAGCCGGUAGUGUUAAAUGAGUUUAAACAACAAGCUGGGAAGCAGUGUCUUCUGGUUGGGUGGGGAGCGAAUAGUAGCAUCCGGUAUAUGGUCAAUGAUAUGCAAGAGGUGUACGUAAGAAUCACCACAGAUAACUGUCCGGAUGGUAUGAUAUGUGCAGGCGGAGAGAGAAUUGGAUCCGGAGCUUGCUUUGGAGAUAUUGGAUCCCCGUUACUGUGUGAUGGCUCGCUAGUGGGAAUAAUGGGCAGUGAACCGAAACAGUGCGGUGGAACUGUAGUUGCUUUCCACAGUAUUCUGCGUCACUAUAACUGGAUCAAAUCGCAAAUUGCUAGAGCGGAAGCGGUGACCUGGGUUGGUAACAUAAAUGGAAGAUUGAUUGUCAUCGUUUCUAUAUUUUUAUCCUUGAUUAUACAUACAGAAUUUUAAAAAUAAAUCAAUAUAUAAAUA